AUGCUUUUCUUCUCUGCUGCUUCCGUCCUGCUGGUUUUGGCACUUAUUUCACAUGUCGGAGCAGAAAAAUGUCCGGAAAAGUGCAGCUGUGACGGCAGAAAACUCACGGUCUCCUGCAUCGGCAAGAACCUAACAGAGAUUCCCGAGACCAUAGAUGAGAUCACACUGAAACUCGACCUGAGGAACAACAACCUGGAGGUGCUGCCCAAGGGGGCGUUCACCCUCACCCCUUACCUCACCCACCUCACCCUGCAGCGCUGCAACAUCUUUAGGGUGAAGGAGGGCGCCUUCAGGAAGCUGGGCCGCCUGGUGUCUCUCAACCUGGCCUACAACAAGAUUGACGUCCUUUAUCAGGAGUCCUUCGACGGCCUCUCCGCACUGAAGGAGCUGCAGCUGGACCAUAACCGUGUGGAGGAGAGGCCCGGAGCCUUCACUCAGCUCGGCUUCCUCAACAUGCUCGCACUCACACACAACCAGCUGGUCUACAUCCCCAACAUGGCCUUCCAGGGCCUGCAAAACAUAAAGUGGCUUCGUCUCAGCCGCAACUCCCUGAACAACUUGGCCCCCGAGGCGUUCACUGGCCUGUUCACCCUGAACCGCCUCAGCCUGGACCACAACGAGCUGCAGUUCUUCCCCACACAGACCAUGAGCAGACUCCCUGAGGUCACGCGUCUGGACAUGAGCCAUAACCCCAUGACCUACCUGGGUGAAGAGUCCGUCUCCAUGUUGAAGCUCACGCACCUGUACCUGGACCACAUGUCCAUCCAGGACCUGUCAGAUCAGGCUCUGUUCGGAGCCCCCCUCCUGUCUCACCUGGACCUGAGCCACAACCAGCUGCGUUACCUGGAGCCCCUCAAGGGCCCCAAAGAGCUGAGCAGCCUCAACCUGACAGGCAACCCCCUGUACUGUAACUGCUUCAUGCGGCCCCUGAGGGAGUGGGCGAGGGUCCGUAAUGUGAAGCUGCUGGGGGCCUGUGUGGGACCCCCCCACCUCUCAGAGGAGCCUCUGCAGAGUGUGGCUCCUCUGGAUCUGCGCUGCCGCAGUAGAGGGGAGGUACUGAAGGAGGAGUUUGAGAAAGAUGAUGAGAGCACCCCCCCCACGGAAAAGCCGAAACCGAAAGGGAAGUGUCCGGAGAACUGCGACUGUGAUAUUGAAGCUCAACACGCCACCUGUGAGGGUCGGGGUCACACCAAAGUCCCGCGAGGUUUCCCCGCCAAGACACAGCUGCUGGACUUCCGCAGCAACCACUUCCACUACCUCCCCGCCAACAGCUUCCCCGGCACCAGCCAGGUGGUUUCUCUCCACCUGGAUUUCUGCAAAAUCCACGAAAUUGAGGGCGGUGCCUUUCGGGGAAUGAAGAGCCUGUUUUAUUUAUAUCUUUCUGAUAAUGACAUCAUGUCUUUGGACCCCGGGGCAUUUUCUGGAGCCCCAAAGCUCAACUACCUUCACCUUGAAGGGAACAGGCUGCUACAGUUUCCAGGAUCAGCUCUGGCUCUCUUACCAAGCCUGUUCGUGUUACACCUGGAGCGAAAUGCCAUCUCCAAACUAGAUACGGCUGGUUUGCUGUCCUCAAAAACUCCUAAACUCAAAGAACUUUACUUGACCAACAACACCAUAACUUCAAUUGCAAAGGGUGCUCUGGAUUCUUCUUUCCUCGGUACACUUCAUCUGGAUUCAAACCAGCUGACUGAGAUGCCUACCCAAGCUCUGUCCCGCACCCCGAACCUGGAGGAGCUCAACCUGUCCCGGAACUCAAUCCGCUACGUGGGACCAAACGCUUUCCAGCCCAUAUCUCAAAGUCUGAGGAGGCUCUACAUGGAUCAUAUGGGCAUGGCGAAGAUGUCCCUGGACGCUCUGGCAGGACUCGGUCCGGAGCUGAAGGCUCUGACUGUGAGAGGGAACCAGCUGCAGGAGCUUCCAGACCUGAGCCCCCUCACCGGCCUGGAGGUGGUCGACCUGCAGGAAAACCGCCUGCUGUGCGACUGUGCUCUGCUGUCACUACGCAGGUGGAUGGAAAAUGUUACAUUUGAGAUAAUCGCAACCUGUGGGCAGCCUCCUGAGAUCAAAGGUCAGAAAGUCCAGGAUGUCCCUGUGUUCAAGUCCUGCCCAGAAAACCUAUCUCCUCCAAAUAAGAAGGUUGUUACGGCCCCCAGACCUCCAAAAGUCAAGAAACCCAAAGCCAGUGUCUCAAAGGCCUCUGAAGUCAAAGCCAGGCCUGCAAAACCAAAAGCUAAACUACCAAAACCCACCAAGAAGAAACCUCAGAUGAAACCUUUGGCACCAAAAGUGGCAAAGAACAAGAACACAGUGACAUAAGUGAAA